AUGGUCUCUGCUUCGGUCAGUGCCUAUACUGCACCUACACUUAUGGCCAUUUGUCUUCUUACGGACUAUUGGAUAUACGGAAGACAAACACGAUUAGCAUCGGCACCCAUAACCAAAGCAGGUGAUGUACGAAUUUUGAAUUUUACUUAUCAUCGGAUUGGAUUAUGGCGCGAAUGUUCCAGAGAGACAACAAAUGUUUCGUACACAUGUGAAGUUGUAAGAUAUUCGAAAGCUGAGGCAAAGUUAGAAAAAGGUUUCAAAGCUGUUUCGUAUCGAUCAGCACCAAUCAUGGCUUGUUUUACAGCUGCAUCUAGUCUUUUAUUGAUUGCUAUAGUUUUAUUUUCACGUGGUCUUUGCAAACGGCGACGAAAAGCAGUUUUCUUUAUCUCAGGACUCUUGUUUUCUAUCUCAGGUUUGCUCACAAUGGUUGGUGUAACCUUAUACGUUUCAGUCACAACGGAGGAAGAAGCUAAAAUCGAUCAAGAUGUUCCGGUGAUGCAAUGUUUCUAUGGAUAUUCGUUUAUUUGUGCUGUUUUAUCGUUUGUUCUUCAAGAAUUAACUGGCGUGUUAACUGUUUAUUGGUUUAUCUAUCGUUUUCGUGCCCUUGUACGUAAACAAGAGAAACUGCGUGAGCGUACUCGUCAACUCAUGGGUAAUUGUCUUUCCAUGACAACUGCUUUACCAUUAAAUCUAGUUUCAAUGGAAGCCAACCAUAAUAAGAAAUCGAUAGCACAUCGUCCGAACCAAAAUCAUUAUCCUUCGCAGGUGGACGCAGUCAAUUCUUAUGGGCACAAACACCAUGGAAGACGUCUUCCAUUUGAUCGAGGUCCGCCGGUAUUACCUCCGCAAAACGAGAAUAAUUCCUAUCGUUCAUUACCAUCACGAUCACCAACAUUAAUCUAUGGAGAUUAUUGUCGAGUUUUAAUCCGUGCGGAAGAUAUGGAUCUGUUAGCGAAAAUGGUUAAAUCGAAAUCUCAAGCACAAUUAUCGAGACCGACGACGCCAGCAGCAACAAUCACCAAUGUCAAAGUAUUACCAGCACCGACAACGCAGCGGCACAUUGACGAUCAGCCGACGAGGCGAAGCACUCGUAAAAGCUUCAAGAGGACUACAUCUGUUUAA